AGGAUGUGCAAAUGCGUUGGGCUUUAAUUAAAUUAGAGUCGGUGAGCUGGGAUAGGCUGGGAGUUCUCUCGGUCCAGACUGCAGGAAACCAGACGUGGACCAUAAACCCGCAGAGACGGACAGACAAACACCCGAAUGAGCAGAAGUCGAUGCGGAAAACUUGAUCAGAUUUUCUGCCGAGAGACUGAACGCUACACUGAAUCUGUUUUUAGUCUGAGACUAUUGCAACAUGCCACGGAGGACUGUACAAGAAGUAACUGUUCAAGACGUGCAGAAGAGAAGAAACCCCAACAAACACUAUGUUUACAUUAUCAAAGUGGCUUGGUCUGAUGGCAGCACUGAGAUCAUUUUCAGGCGCUACAGUAAAUUUUUCGACCUUCAGAUGGAGCUUCUGGAUAAAUUCCCUGUGGAAGGUGGACAGAAGGAUCCGAAACGCAGAAUCAUUCCCUUUUUACCAGGAAAGAUUCUGUUCAGAAGAAGCCACAUUAGAGACGUGGCCAUGAAACGCCUGAAACCCAUAAACGAGUACUGUAGGGCCCUGAUCCAGCUGCCAGUGUACAUCUCCCAAUGUGAGGAGGUUCGCUUGUUCUUUGAGACGCGUCCUGAAGACCUGAACCCACCAACAGAGGAACCCAGUGGAAAAAAGAAAUCGGGAGAGUUGUCGAUAGCUGUCCCGUCUGUCCCUGCAGGAGGAGACUUGUCCUCAGCGGACGCGCUGAUGCUGGAGCAGUAUGUGGCCGUCACCGACUACGAGAAGCAGGAGAGCUCUGAGAUCAGUCUGUACGUGGGGCAGGUGGUGGAGGUCAUCGAGAAGAACGAGUCUGGUUGGUGGUUUGUCAGCACCGAGGACGCUCAGGGAUGGGUACCAGCCACAUGUCUGGAGGCUCAGGAUGACCCCGAUGAUUUCUCACUCCCGGCAGAAGAAGAGGAGAAGUACACUGCAAUCUAUCCAUACUCUGCACGUGAUCAAGAUGAGAUUGAUUUGGAAAGAGGCAUGACUGUGGAGGUCAUUCAGAAAAACUUGGAAGGCUGGUGGAAGAUCAGAUACCAAGGAAAAGAGGGCUGGGCCCCGGCGUCCUAUCUGAAGAAAGCUGAUAUCCUCAGUCAGAAGAUGACUGCUGGCGCUCCAGUUCAUGCCAGCACUAAUGACCUAGAAGUGGCUUCCAAACAGCAGAAUGCCAACAAAGAAAACAAGGAGAAUCAACGCGACCGAUUUUCGCCAUUUUCAGAAAGCAAGAGCAAAGCAGGAGCACGACAGAGACCACCACCACGCCGCGAUCUUUCUAUACCGCGAGGAGUGAAUCUGCCUAAACCUCCAGUGGCCCCACAAGUAGAGGAGGAGUAUUACACCAUAGCUGAUUUUCAGACAACCAUCCCAGAUGGCAUUAGCUUCCAGGCAGGACUGAAAGUCGAAGUCAUUGAGAAGAACUCUAGUGGCUGGUGGUACAUUCAGAUCGAAGAUAAAGAAGGCUGGGCUCCUGUCACAUUCAUUGACAAAUACAAGAAGACAAGCAAUGCCACUAGGCCUAACUUUUUGGCCCCACUUCCUGGUGAGAUGGAUCAGCAGAAGCUUGAUGAUUCCUCAAGCAAUAAUACCAACUCUGAGCAUAGUUGGUCCAAACCCCUGCCAGACGAACCUCCAUCCAACUCUGAUUUUUCCACCCGAUCCAAGCUGAGAGAAUGGAAGCCCAAUGCAGUUAAAGGGAGCUCUCAUUUUCCAGGACCCUUACCUCCUCCUCCUCCAUCCUCACCCAUGGCUGAAGAGAAGCCAGCUUUACCGCCAAGGAGAGAAUCCAUCAACAAGAGCAUGGAACUGGAGGAUAAACCCAAAGCAGACCUUCCUAAACCCCUCCCACCCAAACCACCAGCCCCAGGGGUCAUCGUCCCAUUGGUGACUCCAAAAGCAGCCCCAGUCAAGCCAGACAAACCCCCAGAGAUGAAGAAGGAGGAGAAGAACAAGCAACUCUAUCUGCGCAAUGAGAUGGGCUUGGAGUGUGGGCACAACAUCUCAGCCAAGGAGGUGAAAAAGUUCAACCUAAAGCAUGUGGCCAAGCAGCCUCCCAAACCCAAAGCAGAUUUGCAUGAAGACAAGCCAGAUUUGGCCAGCCCAGCUCCGUUCCCGAAGCCGAAACCAGUGGUCAGACCAAAGCCCCCCCCUGCGGCCAAACCAGAGCCGCUGGCCAAGAAUGAGCUAGACAUCACAAACCUUCGAAAUAAGCUUCGUCCAUCUAAAGCUCCAGAGCUCGGUGGCAACUCGAGUGAUCCCAACCAGCAGAGUGAUCCUCCCCCGAAUAAUGGCAGAACAAACGAAGAGUCAAAGUCCCCCAAUAAACAACAAAAUGGCCAUGACCCAUCAGAAACAACUAAACCACCACCAAAAGAGCCUCCCCAAAGGCCUUCUGUUGCACCUAGAAGACCUCCUCCACCAAAGAAACCCUCUGAGCCGGCCAGUCCUACAGACACCAAAGCUCCCCAAAAAGACUUGCCGGAGGCCAAGCCGUCUGCCCCUCCUCAGAGCAGACCCCCGCCACCCAAAACAAAACCAAAAGACAAGGAGAAGGAGGAACCCAAGGCCAAAAUACCUGUGCCACCAAAGCCCCCCAUUAAGACCGAAAAACCAGGGCCUCCGAGGGACAAACUCCCACCUCUUAUCAAAGAUCCGGCCAAGGAGGAGCUGUUCUUAGCUGUGGCGGACUUUGAAGGAGACGAUCAGACACCUCGCUUUAAAGAGGGUGCUGUUUUCGAAGUUCUGGAGAAAAGCAGCAGCGGCUGGUGGUUUUGUAAAAACGUGAGCGAUGGGCCAGUGAUGGAGGCCUGGAUCCCUUCCAAUUACCUGACCAAGAAACCUUAGGUACCCUUGACAUGGCUGCCUAAAGAAAACAUAUUUAAUUAACAUCUUUUAUUUAUGGAUACCUUUUUUUAAAAUGACAUUCCAUCCUUUGCGAGUUCCAACAGGCCAUAAUAAUUUGUAUACUUGCUUUUUUGUAACUCUUUUCCCAUUUGGGGAAAACCAUGCGUGCUUUCAUAUUUUAGAACUGAACAUCAAGGUUCUUUUCCUAUGUUGAGCAAACUUUAUAUGUAUCGCUAAAGGUUUAAGUGACCAACAAUAUAUUAAUGACUUUCGCAGCCUCUGAUAUUGUGCCUUAGUGUAAUAUGCAAACCGCUCUGUGCUUUUGACGUAGAUUAUGCAAAGUGUGAUGUCUGUCAGCGACUAGAAAACAGAGUAUGAUUCUAUAUUACACAUACUAUGAAACCGUAAACAUAGCAGGUUUGAGCUUACAUGGCAAAAUAAAAGCCUGAAGAAGUUGUUAAACAAACUUCUAAAUGCUACAUUUCCACUUUGAAGCUUUUAGUUUACAGAAAUUGGUCUGCUUUUCUUUCGAACACUACAAAACUCAACAAACCAUGUUCUUAUUUAACUACCGUAUUUUUCAGACUAUAAGCCGCACCUGAGUAUAAGUCGCAUCAGUCCAAAAGUACGUCAUGAUGAGGAAAAAAACAUAAGUCGCACUGGACUAUAAGUCAUAUUUAUAUAGAACCAAGAACCAAGAGAAAACAUUAGCGUCUACAGCCGCGAGAGGGUGCUCUAUGUUUAUUUUUUAUUUUAGCGCCCUCUCCUGGCUCUAGGCGGUAAUGUUUUCUCUUGGUUCAUGUCUCUUAGUUCAUUUCUCUCGGUUCAUGUCAAAUUAAUUUUGAUAAAUAAGUCACACCUGACUAUAAGUCGCAGGACCAGCUAAAGUAUGAAAAAAGUGUGACUUAUAGUCCGGAAAAUACGGUACUUUAUUGAGGAAAGGCAAGGUGCAGAACGAAGAGAAAUGAAACAUAAACACAUGGCCUUUAGGUUUUCACAAACAGUGGCGCCCAUUUCUGGUUUCAUUUUUGUCAUGUGAAUGUUCUAGCAAAUAUUGAUAAAAAAAAUUAAAUAAAAAAACCCCAGCCCCCUUUAGCAGUACCAAUCAUAUACUGUACAUUAGUGAAUAACGUCAUACCUCAGAAUAGCCAUAAUUUUGUCGUUAUUUUAUGUCAGUAUUGCCCAAACAAAGUAUUUUCAUAUCACGGACAAAGGUGCUUAGAUAUUUUAGUCAUUUUCAAAUGUUUUAACAUUUAUGCUUGACUGGUUUCAAGCAAACAUUUGAUAAACGUUUAUUUUUAACACUACAUUUGCAAAUGUGGUUAUGUUAUGUACUAAAAUAUUUCUUGUCUUUUUUGACAGUUUUGUUUUCCAUUCAUUUAUCAGAAAACAGUGUUAAGCAGGUGCCCAGUCUAACCUGACAAUACCAGGAGCACCGGGAAUCUGCUCUAUGGUCAUCAGCUCCUAGUUGCUAUAAAAUGCAUUCAUAAAAGCACCCCAUCUAUUAAAAAAUGUCCAACAAAUGCAAGUGCCUGAGUUUGCAAAGAAUAACAGAAAAGGUGUUCUAAAGUUUUAGAAAAAAAAAAAUGACUAUGAGAAAAAAAAAAUAAUAUGAAGGAUAAUAGAGAGAAGAGGGUAAAUGCUGCAAGUAUGAAACUUGAGUUUCAUAGAAACAUAAAAUUAGUUUAAAUUCAAACCAGUUGUGAACAAAGGCAAGAUGACUUUGGCAACCUGUUUGCUUUUUUUUAGCAUUUCUGUGUUGUGUUGUUUUGUCCGGAGUAUUUCAAGUUUUGACAGCUUUUUCUUAAUGUAAAUCAAAUAAACAUUUCAAAUAUU